AUGUCUGUCUCAGACGAGGAAUUGCAAAGGAUUUUCGCAGAGGCCCAAGUGCGUAUGCAGGAGACGAAUCGUCAAUUAGCUCUAGUAAGGAGCCAACUAUCUACCAAGCAACGGGACAAGCGGGUUGGAGAACUGACUGCCAAGGAAUUAUCUGCAUUGGGAAGCGAUGUUGCAACAUACAGGGCCAUUGGCAAAAUGUUUAUUCAAGCUGAUUUGGGUCUCUUGAAAAAGGAACUCGCAGCAAAGACUGCUGAUGCAGAAAAGGAGACCAAGGCACUAGAACGAACUCAGACUAGACUCGAAAAGGAAUUUGAACAAGCUCAGAAUAUGAUCAAGGAUAUAUUACAUGCUCGAAAGUUGACUGCUGCUAAUGCCUGA